UUGUCGGUUGUAUCUCAGCAUGGAGGAGACCUACGUCAGACACGUGGAGCUGUUGGGCUUCGAGAAACGUUCGUACCCGAGCCAGCACUACGUGUACAUGCUGAUGGUGAAAUGGAGCGACCUGUCGGAGAAGCUGAUCUACAGGACGUAUCCUGAGAUCUACACCUUCCACAAAUUGCUGAAGGAGAUGUUUCCCAUCGAGUCUGGUGAGAUCGAGAAGAAGGACAGAAUCAUCCCGUCACUACCAGCUCCGCGGUGGCUGAUCAGUGAGAAGUCACCAGAGACCAGACAGAACACGCUGGCUGAAUACUGUCACUCACUCAUCAACCUGCCGCCUCACAUCUCACGAUGCAGAGAACUCGGAACCUUCUACAGGGUCAGGAGAGAGGACGAGAACCCCCCCACCCCAAACACGCUGAAGAGAAACGAGACGUUUGUGAUCUCCAAAGAGUCGACCAGAGGAAACGCAUCCGAGAUUUCCGGCCCCAUCAUAUUGGACACCUACAGAGUGAUCGCAGACUUCGAAAAGACGUCCAAAUACGAGAUCAACCUGCACACCGGAGACCUGGUGGAGAUCGUGGAGAAAAACCAGAACGGUUGGUGGUUCUGCCAGUGUGAGUCUAAGCGAGGCUGGAUCCCUGCGUCCUACUUGGAGCCUCUGGACGGACCGGAGGAGGCCGAGGAAGACGAGCCGAACUACGAAGGAGAAAUGUUCGUCAGCAUCAAAGCCUACAAGAAGGAGCAGCCGGACGAGAUCUCUCUGGAGAUCGGAGAAACUAUAGAGGUGAUUCACAAGCUGCUGGACGGCUGGUGGGUCGUCAGGAAAGGAGAUGAGACGGGUCACUUCCCCUCUAUGUUCCUGCACAAAGCCGGAAAGAGAGAGAUCUACGAAGCAGAGAGGACCAACCUGCAGGGACACAAACCGCCUCCUCGCAGGUCCACCAUCCGAAAUGCAAAGAGCAUCCACAACAAGGCUCGUCAGCAGCUCAGCCAGGACGCGUACCGCAGGAACAGCCGCCGAUACCUCCAGCAGAAAGGAGGCCGCCUCACAGAGCCCACCGGCAGCUCCAGGAACACCGCCAAGUCACCGCUGAGGGAGAGGAAGAACCAGGACAACAUCCCCGAGACGUCCGGGUCCGGUUCAGAGAGCGAUCCGAAGAAGGAAGCUCCGGUCGUUCCUCCUCGACCGAGUCCGGAGCUCAUCCUGGAGCGCUGCAGCGACAACACCCGCAAGAAAGUCAGCAUCCACAGGUCCCACACAUAGAAUGUCGCAUUAAAAAAACAAAAUGAACGAGCAAUGGGAGGUCAGUUUGAGGGAGAAAGGCAGGCGGCCAUUGGAGUGUAAACGUUGUGGAAUUUAAGGAACAUUAGUGAUGUUUGGGGGGAAAUUGAGACUUUAGAGCAAAAAUGAUAAUUUAUUCUAUAUGUUUUCUGUGAACAUACCAAAACCAACAACGUGUUAUUCCGUCUCUCAUUACGGUGUGAGAUUAAAAUAGAUUCAGGGGGGGGAGGGGUGUAAUAUUCAGAGGACAAAAUAAGAAUUUUAAAGAUUAAACUCGGACAUUCUCAGAAAUUAAAGAGGUUAAAUUCUACAAGAAAAAACUCAGAAAUUUCGGAGGAAAACAACUCAAAUCUGCAGGUCAGUGGUGUGAUGAGGUUGAUCCAACCUUGUAAAGUGAAGCCAUGUGAUUUAAUUACUUCUUCUCAUACAUUUCAGACUUUAUAAUCGCAGAGGAUGUUCAUGUUUUUUUCUUGUAAAUUAGAUUUUUCUCGUAAAUUUAGGACUUUAAUCUUGUAAAUUCAGAGUUUUUUCUCGCUAAUGUUUGACUUUAUAAUCUCAGAAAAUAUUUAACUUUGUUCUCGAAUAUUUGAGUUUUAUUCUCAACAAUGUACGACUUUAAUCUUAGUAAUAGAGGUUUUUUCCUCAGUAAUUUGUGAGGGAAUUUCUUCGUAAAUUUGUUACUUUAAUUUCAUAAAAUCUUGAGUUUUUUCUCGCAAAUUUAUGAGUUAAAUGUAAAACUUAAAUUGUUUAUUCUCUGAAUAUUAUCCCGUUCCCAGGCGACAUAUUUAUUAUCUUUUAUUUUUAAUCUAAAAUAGACCUAAUUCACCGUCCUACCAUUGGUUCCUCCUGAAGACGUUACAUCUUUAAAACCGCAUCAAAAAUAUAUAGUUUAACAAAAAGAGAUUGAAAAGAAAACAAAUAUGAACAGAUCAAAAUCUUGACUUUGCUGCCAUCUGGUGGUCACAUUAACAGUAACAUUGUGGCAGACAGCGGCCUCAUUUUUCUAAUUCUGAUUUAAUAAACCCCAAACAUUUCUGAGUUUAAAAAACAAAACAUUCCUGGUUCCUAAACAUGAUCUCAGGCCAAAUAUCUUGUGAUCCCAAUGUUCAUUUAUGCAGCUUGUAUUCAUUUUACAACCCUGAAGCUGUCGUUUAGUGAUAAGACAUCAUUUUAAAUAACAGUUUUCUUUCUCAUCUGUAAGUGUGCUGUUUUCUUCUAAAUAUAACUAUGAUUAUCUUGUCUAGUCAACCAGUGGAGAUUCCGGGAAGUAACCGGUCCCAUGGCUAGCCGUUUCCCCCCGUUUCCAGUCUUUGUGCUAAGCUAAGCUAACAUGGUUGAAGUCUGUGUAGCCUGAUGUUUUUUUUAGAAAGCGAAUGAGCAUAUUUCCAAAUAUCAAUGUCAAACUAUUCCUUUAAGAUCUGGUCUCCAAAAACUAUAUUUAAUUUCUCCAGAAAAUAUUUAAUUAUUAAGUAUUUAAGAAGCUGCAUUUCUUAGUUAAAGUUGAAUUAUAUUUGGUCGCAGUGUAUUUAUAUUGAGAAAUGAAUGAUAUGUUUGUUUUUGCCUAUAAUAGAAGAUUUUAGAUUAAUUUCCGAGCAUCAAUAGAGCUGUUUUAUUUUAUUUAUUUGCUUAAUAAAUGUAUAAUAAAACGUUUAUAUCUGCA